AUGUCUGCCGUUGAUACGGUGUCUAAUCUGCCCACUGAUGCUGUGGUUAGGUGCUCCAAGGAAGCUCGCAAGGAUGGUCUAUUCGCAGGUCUUUCCGCAGGUCUGGCGGGUGCAAUACUAGGCUCGAAGGUCUUCCGAUUCAACAGAAACACCGCCAUUAUUUGUGGUCUGCUGACCGGCGCGCUUUCCGGAUAUCAAUUCACCCAGGCGUUUCUCUCCUCUAACCUCGCCCGCAUGCGUGCAGAGCUUGCUUCGCAGGCAAAGUCCGAACGCACGGCCAGCGAAGCUGUGCAGGCGCCAUAUACCCGGUAG